CGAACUCUCCUCAUUCUGCUUUCGACUGUCGGCUGUGUUGCACGCUGUGACAAUUUCUCCGAGAAGUGUGUGAAAAUUACUGACAGGAAAGUAAAGGAAGUGCAAAAAGUGCUAAACGGAAGUGAAUUUAGUGCGUCGUGAAAAGUGUUUUAUUAUAUAACGCAGCUGGUAAACAGAAAUCUCAAAUAUGGAAGUAGCCAAGCCAGAGGUGAAUGGAAGCCCACUGCCACAGCGGCAGCAGAAUAACCCUAAUGCCCAGCAACAGCAGCAGCAGCAAGGUGGCCUCCAAGGAGGUAACCCUAACCAAGGUGGCGGCGGCGGCGGCGGUGGUCCCAACCAGCAGCAGGGACAGGGUGGUGGCAACAAGCAGAUGAACCGCAACCAGCAGAACAAGAACCGCGGUGGAAACCAGAACCGGUUCGGAAACCGCAACCAGCAGGGUGGACCCGGCGGAAACCGUCAGAAUAACCCGGAUGGCGGCAAUAUGGGCGGAGAGGGUGGCGGCAACCAGCAGCAGCAGCAACGCGGCGGUGGUGGCGGCGGCGGCCCCGGUGGCAACCGAGGAAACCGCCGGAACAUGGGCGAUAACGAUCAGGGUGGUUUCGAUCGCCGUCGCAGUGGCCCCGGAGAGCAGUACUUCAUCAACGAGAAGCUGCGCAUGCUGCAGGGACCAAUCAUGGACAUUCCUCCGAUUGAGGCCGAAGAGGCCAAAUUCACCGGCCGCAACCGGUUGUACAUCGGUAAUCUGACCAACGAUGUAACGGAGGAAGAACUGGUCGAACUGUUCCGGCCGUACGGCGACAUCAGCGAAAUCUUCAUGAACAAGGAGAAGAACUACGCCUUUGUGCGUGUAGACUACUUCUCCAACGCCGAGAAGGCCAAGCGCGAGUUGGAGGGAACGAUGCGCAAGAACCGCAUGCUGCGAGUGCGCUUUGCCCCCAACGCCACCGCCAUUCGCGUUCGUAAUCUCACUCCCUGGGUCAGCAACGAGCUGCUGUACAAAGCAUUUGAGGUGUUCGGUCCGGUGGAACGUGCCUCUGUGCAUGUUGACGAACGUGGAAAAUCUACCGGCGAAGGCAUCGUCGAGUUCAAGAGCAAGCCUGGUGCAAUGGUUGCACUGCGGUACUGUACCGAGAAAUGCUUCUUCCUGACGGCGUCCCUGCGCCCGGUCAUUGUUGAACCCUACACCUACCAGGAUGACACGGAUGGUCUGCCAGAAAAGUCGAUGAACAAGAAAAUCCCAGACUUCCAGAAGGCCAGACAGCAUGGACCACGUUUCGCCGACCAUGGUUCGUUCGAGCAUGAGUACGGUCAACGCUGGAAGCAAAUGCACGAACUGUACAAGCAGAAGGCCGAGGCUCUGAAGCGCGAAAUGAUCAUGGAGGAGGAGAAGCUGGAAGCUCAGAUGGAAUUCGCCCGCUACGAGCACGAGACCGAGCAGCUCCGAGAACAGUUGCGCAUGCGCGAGCAAGACCGUGACCGUCAGAAGGCCGAAUGGGAAAUGAAGGAACGUAUGGCGUCGGAAGCCAAACAGCGCAACGACAUGCAGAUGAAGCACGACGUCGAGGAAAUGCAGAACCGCAUCAAGCGUACCGACGAGGAACUGCACCGCCGUCAGCAGGAGAACAAUGUCUUUAUGCAGCAAAACCAGCAAAUGGGUGGUGGUCCAAUGGACAACAAUGAUGACAACCGGCGGCCGCCUCCGUUCGACUUGAUGAACCAGGGCGGUGGUGCCGGCGGCAAUGCCGGACCCGGUGGUAACAACUUUGGCGGAAUGGAGGUUCGCGAUUAUGAACAUGGUCAGAACAGACCGUCCCGCUUCAACGACGAUGGCCCGCAGCAGAACCAGCAAGGAGGAGGCGGCGGUGGCAACCAGCAGCGUAAUUCCUUCGGCGGUGGAAACAAUCGCAACUGGAUGAACAAUGAUCGUCGUAACAAUGAUGAUUUCCAAAGCAAGCGAAGACGCUUCUAAAAUGCUAUAGUCGCCAAAAAAAAAAGCGCGAAAAAAAAAUCCCACUCAUCAUUUUUAAUUUAAACACACACACAAGCCAGAAUUUGUUCUUGUGAUGCGCGUCGUGGGCUGCGCUCUCCGUUUCGACUGAUUCAUAUACUGAGUACAACAACAAUUUACCCCCGAUGGUUGGGAGGAAAUUCACGUCAUAGUACAAUGAACCAAUUGUACUUCUCAUCCUAGUUCCGUUUUAUGUCCGUGACCCGUGAGACGCAGCAGAAUGUAAUCGUUUCUGUCAACAGAUUGACCUGAACAACUACAAUUGAAUACAACUACAACAACACAACUUUAAAACUAUAAAUAUACAGCAAAUGGCUCUUUGGUAGUAAACAUAAAAUUUCUAUGCGAGAGAAGCAUUUUGAACAUAAACUAAACACAGAAAGUUAUCUAUCUAAACCAUACAUGAUUUUUAUUCACCAGCUUUUCCAUUUUCCAACAUUUUACGUUUUCGCGCUUUUUCGUACGAUUUGACAGCUCCUAAAGUAACACAUUCUCCCAUGAACUUGGGUUGAACGUAUGAGAAACUCAACACCCUUAGAGUACCGUCAAUGGAUUUAAAGUGUAACGGAAUAAAUUAUGCGAUUGUGAAUAUGGAGGGAGAACAAAUGCUCGUGCACUGACGACGAGGCAAGCGUGUUUGGGUUUCGUCCAGUUCUAUUUUAACUGAUAAAAGAAAAAUAAGAGAAAUUGUUUGUGUAUUUGAUGAUCUAAACAUGUAACACAUUAUUUAUAAUCCUGAUUCGGCUGAUGCGCAGAGGUAGGAUCCGCGUCCUCCUUUGGCUGUGUGUACUCAUACACAACUGGAUGUAUUUGCAGCAGUACUAUUCAUUAAGGACAAAAAAGAGUUUUUGUUUAAUCGCCAAGAUUAAAUUCUAUGUGUAAGGCUUAAAGAUUAUAUCUUUUCACAAAUCACACUGUGUAAUAAUUAAAGUAAUAUAAAUGAUAUUCAUUGGAAACAAUA